AUAUUUUCCACUUCCAAACUGCCAGUGAACGUCUUUAGCUAACCCCGCCCCUUAACUGCUAUCCUAGCCGAAGCUUCAGGAGGGCUCUGAAAGCUUGGAGGAUCCUGUGUUGUUCUGUCCUACAACCGCUACCGCUUUCGCUGCGGACAUGGCUUCUGAUGGCAUGGAUGAGCGAUCUCCGCUGUUAUCAGAACCAAAAUCCGGGAAUGCCACACCUACAACAGCACCUCCGUACCUAGGAGACACCAGUCCAAGAGCUGAGCUCCCUCCCCCAUACACAGCGAUCGCCAGUCCAGAUGCAGGGGGUGUGCCUGUGAUUAAUUGCAGGGUGUGUCAGUCUCUUAUUAACCUGGAUGGAAAGCUCCACCAGCACGUGGUCAAGUGCACCAUCUGCAACGAAGCCACGCCCAUCAAAAACCCACCCACUGGAAAAAAGUAUGUGAGGUGUCCGUGUAAUUGCUUGCUAAUCUGUAAAGACACAUCCCGGAGGAUAGGAUGUCCAAGGCCCAACUGCAGACGUGUCAUCAACUUGAGCCCUGUGAUGGUGAUCCCAGAGGAGCAGCCAGCCCAGCCAGCCCUACCCAUCCAGCCCGAGGGCAUGCGUGUUGUCUGUGGACACUGUGGGAACACAUUCCUGUGGAUGGAGCUCAGAUUUAACACAUUGGCCAAGUGUCCACACUGCAAAAAAAUAUCUUCCGUGGGCAGUGCUCUCCCGCGACGACGCUGCUGUGCCUACAUCACUGUUGGUAUGAUCUGCAUCUUCAUUGGUGUUGGCUUAACUGUGGGAACCCAGGACUUUGCAAGACGUUACCACGCCACUUACGUGUCUUGGGCUUUUGCAUAUCUGCUGGGUUUGAUCUGUCUGGUACGGGCCUGUUACUGGGGAGUCAUUAAAGUCAGCUACCCAGAAAACAGCUUUGCAUAGACAUGUCUGUUAAGUACAGGCAAUCCUUUAUUGUUCAUUUUAUCUGGAUCUGGAUUCAAUUUAGGGUCUGCCAAUGCCGGUCUUCAAGAUAGCAGUCCUCAUACUGAUUUAAAUAGUGAAAUCAAUACAGCAGUUCUGUAAUUAACCAUUUGAGGAGUAGGUAGUUUGAGUCUUUUCAAUUACCAUUACUGAUUGCUACAUCAGCAUUAGUUAAGAACAUUCUAAUCACAUAUUUAUGAUAUUCCACCUUAAAGCAGAGGUCCUCAAUCUUAUCCAUAAAGGGCCAUUGUGGAUGCAGGUUUUGGUUCCAACCAAGCAUUUACACACCUUUGCUAAGGAUAUUGUAGACCUCUAGUAGAAUCAGGUGUGUAAUUGUUUGGUUUGAACAAAAGCCUGCAUCCACACUGGCCCUUUCUGGGUAAGACCGAUGACCUCUGCCCUAAAGGGUUAAAUGGUACAGAAUGAUCUGUUAUCAUUCUUCUGGGAGGGUAUAUCUGCUGGAUUAGUCUCUUGAGGAUCAGUAUUGGCCACUACUGGAUAUUUUACAUGUUUUAAGUGCUGUUAUGUUACAGAGUAGACCAAAAGAGUUAACCUUUUUAAAAACAAUUGCUCAUUGCACAAGUGUUAUGCAGUAAUUCUGUUCUGCUGCUGCUAGAUUAUCCAGCUGUUAAAAGCUGAAAAUUCACUUCAAAUUCAUUGAACUGUAAAUGGUCAAAAGUUCAUUAUUUAAGUAAUUCCAGUAAUUAUUUAAUAAAUUGAACAUUACUGACCUUGUCCUUUUCUGUCAUUAUCAAUCCCCUUGCCAUACACCUUUAUUAGCCUUUCAAAAUUGGCCCAUGCUUAUUUUUUAAUCAUGCUAGAAAUAAUAAUAAAAAUAACAACAUAAAAUUGUAAAGCACAUUCUCUGCACAUUCAUCUUUAUGUUGGCUAAUUUAAGGGUGAAAAUGUCUGUUCCCUUGUAUGCGCAUGAUUUUAUUUUAUUUUAUAUUUUGCACCAUUUUAUGUAUUUUCCAGAACUUACUGUUUAAGCGUUUGGGCAUCUUUGUUCUCAUUGUUUGUAUAGUAUGCAGUCCUUUCUCCUCACAACUCAGUGAAACAAGAGUAUUGCAGUAGUUAAAUGUUCCCUUAAGAAAAUGGGCACAGCUAAUCAUCCUCUGAAUGUUAAUACCCAAACUCUUUGUACAUACAUAAAUACUGAUGUUGGGUGAGUUGCAGUAUGCCUUGUGUCUUUUUAAAAAAGGAUAAUUAAUUUAUCAAUAAAACGUUCAAAUGAUUAA